AUGCUACUGCUAAAAUGGCAAAGGCCCACUCAGCCUGGCGAGCUUGAUGCUCGAGCGAACGAGAAGGUCCCCUCAACCUGGCGAGCGUUAUACUCGAGCAAAUAUGAGAAAGGCCCACUCAGCCUGGCGAGCUACGUGCUCGAGCGAACGAGGAGGUCUCCUCAACCUGGCGAGCUUGAUGCUCGAGCAAACGAGAAGGUCCCCUCAACCUGGCGAGCGUUAUACUCGAGCAAAUAUGAGAAAGGCCCACUCAGCCUGGCGAGCUACAUGCUCGAGCGAACGAGAAGCCUGGCGAGCUACGUGCUCGAGCGAACGAGGAGGUCUCCUCAACCUGGCGAGCUUGAUGCUCGAGCAAACGAGAAGCCUGGCGAGCUACAUGCUCGAGCGAACGAGAAGGUCCCCUCAACCUGGCGAGCGUUAUACUCGAGCAAAUAUGAGCAAGGCCCACUCAGCCUGGCGAGCUUAAUGCUCGAGCGAACGAGGAGGUCUCCUCAACCUGGCGAGCUUGAUGCUCGAGCAAACGAGAAGGUAUCCUCAACCUGCCGAGCGUUAUACUCGAGCGAAUGUGCGAAAGGCCCACUCAGCCUGGCGAGCUACGUGCUCGAGCGAACGAGGAGGUCUCCUCAACCUGGCGAGCUUGAUGCUCGAGCAAACGAGAAGGUAUCCUCAACCUGCCGAGCGUUAUACUCGAGCAAAUAUGAGAAAGGCCCACUCAGCCUGGCGAGCUACGUGCUCGAGCGAACGAGGAGGUCUCCUCAACCUGGCGAGCUUGAUGCUCGAGCAAACGAGAAGCCUGGCGAGCUACAUGCUCGAGCGAACGAGAAGGUCCCCUCAACCUGGCGAGCGUUAUACUCGAGCAAAUAUGAGAAAGGCCCACUCAGCCUGGCGAGCUACGUGCUCGAGCGAACGAGGAGGUCUCCUCAACCUGGCGAGCUUGAUGCUCGAGCAAACGAGAAGCCUGGCGAGCUACAUGCUCGAGCGAACGAGAAGGUCCCCUCAACCUGGCGAGCGUUAUACUCGAGCAAAUAUGAGAAAGGCCCACUCAGCCUGGCGAGCUACGUGCUCGAGCGAACGAGGAGGUCUCCUCAACCUGGCGAGCUUGAUGCUCGAGCAAACGAGAAGGUAUCCUCAACCUGCCGAGCGUUAUACUCGAGCGAAUGUGCGAAAGGCCCACUCAGCCUGGCGAGCUACAUGCUCGAGCGAACGAGAAGGUCCCCUCAACCUGGCGAGCGUUAUACUCGAGCAAAUAUGAGAAAGGCCCACUCAGCCUGGCGGGCUUACUGCUCGAGCGAACGAGAAGGUCCCUUCAACCUGGCGAGCGUUAUACUCGAGCAAAUAUGA